GAAAAUGAAUGAAAAGUGAGGGAAAAAAGUUCGGAUUCUUUUAUUUUUAUGAUUUUUUUGUGAUGAAUGAUGUUUUUUACUCUCGCAGUGUGAAAGUAGGAUGGAUAACGUUUGACUUUUGUGGUGAAGUGAAUACAAUUGAACUAGCAAGAACGUGACUGCUGCUGGGUAAUGAAUGACUUUGGACGUGAAUAUUGUGAAGCAGUGAAUGACUUGAACGUGGAUAUUGUGAAUUACUUAAUAACUUUGACCCCUUGGAAAAGUGAAGUGAAUAUUUUUUUUUACUGGAAUAUUUGUGAGGUAAUAAAUAACUUUGAAAUCUAAGAAGAAUAAGUGUUGUGUACGGAAAUUAAUGACUUGAUUUUGUAGGGGAUUAUUCAGAGUAAUGAGUAACUUUGACCUGGGAAAAUUAAUAUCGUGAUGGAUAACUUCUAAGAGCGUGAAUGCUGAAGAAUAAUGAAUAACUAAAUAGCUCUUACCACAAAGGCUUGAGUGGAAAACUGGCAUAUCUCCAUUCACGUUAAUGUGUGCGUUUUUUUUUUUUCCUCAAUGAAUAAAGCGCCGUGUGCACCAGAGCAGACAGUGUGCGUACAUGUGUGUGUAUGUGUACGUAUGUAUUCGUGAACGUGUUGCCGAUUGCGUUUUCUUUCAUAGAACUAUGGUGACAUCAAAAUAACACUUGAAAAUAACCCAAUUCAGCACAAUACAUACAGAAAAUAAAUGGUGCUGUAUCCAAACAUGUCAGGGAGCAAUAGACUCUUGUGACUUGAAAAAUAACACUUGUAAACCACCUACUAAUAAACAGACAUUUCAUAACACUACAGACUCUUGUGACUUGAAAAAUAACACUUGUAAACCACCUACUAAUAAACAGACAUUUCAUAACACUACAGACUCUUGUGACUUGAAAAAUAACACUUGCAAACCACCUACUAAUAAACAGACAUUUCAUAACACUAUAGACUCUUGUGACUUUAAAUUACAUACAAAAAAAAAAAACGUUGCUUUAUCUAUACAUUUCAGAAAACUAUAGAUUCUUGUAACUUCAAAAUACAUAAAAAAAAAUACUCAUUUAUUCUAAAACCAAACUAACCGAACCAACGCAGCAUACAAGAGGAACAGCACAGCAUUUAAUCCACCGUGAGUGUGCCUCAGCUCAGGGCGAGGACGCUGGAGUUGUAGGCGUCUCAAGGGGGAGAGCACGACGAGCUGUUAAGACAAGUUAUGUCGCCGCCUGAGUGAGAGACAACCAAGAAGAAAAGAAAAAAAAAAAACAGGAUAAGAAAAGUAGAAUAAAAAUCAUCACACAUCAAUACAGGACCAAAAAUAAGGAAGCAGGGAAAAGAAAACGAGAAAUGCACUAGGAAAGAAAACCAGAUGCAGGGAAAAAAAAGGAAGAAAAGAUGAAUGAAAAGAUGCGGUGAACAAAGACACAGGUGAACAAGAAGUUAAUUAAGAGAGGAGAGCAGGUGAAAAAUACAUCUCACUGAAACUGAGAAGAAAAAAAAAAGUGAAGAAGAUUUUGUAUUUGCUAAUAAAAUGCAUUACUUCUUUUUACCAACCUCCUCCUCCUCCUCCUCCUCCUCCUCCUUCCUCUACAUCGUCCUGCUUCUCCUCUUGCUCCUCUUCCCUCGCUGCCGUGUUCAAGGAGACCCAUCGCCAGGCUUCCCCCGCUUCCGGCCACACCACCCAGGGUCCAUGGAGCACGGGGCCGCCCUUCGCCCCGCCCCGCUGCUCUUCAAGACGCACAACAACACGGACCUCAAGGCCCAGGUCGGCACCACGGCGGUCCUGCAUUGCGUGGCCUACCAUGUCGGGGAGAACACGGUGUCGUGGAUCAGACGCAGGGACUACCACCUGCUGACCGUCGGCUCCCUCACCUACAGCAGCGACCAGAGAUUCCAAAUAAGAUACGUGAAGCAGGAAAAUGACUGGCAGCUCCACAUCCAGUACGUGCAGGUUCGUGAUGACGGUGUGUACGAGUGUCAGGUGUCAUCACAUCCACCUGUCAGCCUGCUCACCACCCUGCACGUGACAGAGGCCACGUCAGAAGUGCUGGGAGGCCCUGAGAAAUACGUGCGAGUGGGCAGCUCCCUCCGGCUUGUGUGUGUGCUCAAAAACAACACGCAGCCCCCAGAGUAUGUGUUCUGGUACCACGGCCCACACAUGAUCAACUUCCACGCCACGAGAGAGGUACGAGUGGAACAGAAAGGCGAAGUAAGCACCUUAUAUCUUAAUCAUGUGAGGGCAAGUGACUCUGGGAACUACACCUGUGCUCCAUCCAAGGCCCGCCCCGCCCACAUCCUUAUCCACGUGCUGAAAGGUGGAGAGACGCCGGCCGCCAUCCACUCGGGAGCAGGUGAAUCCAAGGAGGGUGGAGGCUUUUCAUCCACCUCCAGCCUCCUCCUCCUACUCGUCCUCCUCCAGCUCAUCACUCUCCCCCUCACCUCUCCCUGCGUCUUAGUCCCCCUCGCCCUCCCACCACUCACAGCGUUACAGCAGCGCCGCCACGCGAGGCCUCGGGAAGGAGAGCAAGGAUGGGGGAGGGAAAGGAGGAGGGAGAGGGAAUGAAGGCUGCCCACUCCCUCUCUCUCGAGUACCCACAUCUUCCUCUGGUGGAGGAGAAAGCGAGCACCUCAGCAGGAACACCAAGGAUAAAAUUACUUCCUGAGAGACAUAACAAUCAGGUGGUGUCAAGGUGAUGCAAGGGGGACGCAAUAAUUUAUUACACGUUCCCUGCAAGAUUAAUUAAUGCACCUGUUGGGAGAGCGCCACUUGACACCUGAUGGGGAAGGCUCGUUACGUUGAGGUGGGAUAUUAACGAGGGAGGUAUAACAUUUUGCCAAGUGUAAUUCGUAUACAAGGUGGACUAGAGUGUAAUUUGUACAUUCCACUAGGUUGUAAUAUACAUACUGUGUGGUUUGUGUGGUGUGCUGUAUGUGUGUGUGUGUGUGUGUGUGUGUGUGUGUGUGUGUGUGUGUGUGUGUGUGUGUGUGUGUGUGUGUGUGUGUGUGUGUGUGUGUGUGUGUGUGUGUGUGUGUGUGUGUGUGUGUGUGUGUGUGUGUGUGUUGUAAAUAUCAAUGUUGUUUCCUUCCAUUCUCUCCACUCUACCUUCUGUGUUAAGACAGAGAAAUAAAGUAUGAAAGCAUCUUGUCAUUCUAACAGAUUCAUCACCUUUGUAAAAAUGGAUUCACUGACACACUCUAAGAGAGUCAAUAAAUCAUGCCAAAUUU